AAUCGUUGGGUAAUAAUAGCAUAAAUAUAAAAAUAGAUGGCUACUAUUAAUCAAAAUGAUCAUCAAAGUAUAAUAUUGAAAUCACAAAUAUAUUUUAAUACGUUAUAAAAUAAUACAAAAUUGGAAAUGGAUAUUCGUAAAAUAAACGAACUAUUUAUGUCAAUCAACGUUAAACUGCCAAUUGUCAAGUUAUAAAACGUCAUAGUCCCAUGUAUUACGGAUGAUAAUUUCAAAAUAAUUUAAAAAGCUAUCUCUUAUUUAUAAAUUGUUAACAAUGGUGAAAUUUCGUGAUGCAGCCUCUGCGUUUAGGACUUUAAAUGGGUUAAUCUGUGUGUAUAAACCGCCCACGGUAUCUGUGAAACAAGUUCAGCACACAAUAAUAACCAAUCUUUGUCGAGACCUGAAUGCCCUUCCUGAUCGUCCUCAAGAGAAGCGAGUAGAGAUAGUGGGAGCAACAAAUGAGCCUAUGACUGUUAAGCUGGUACCAAAUUAUGCUGAUGAUCCACUGGUCUGUGGACCAAGGUAUAUCCGUGAAGACUUUAAAUGCAGUUGGUCUACAUAUUUAGGACUUUUCAGCAGUGGAGUGUUGUUAUUAGGUAUCAAUGAAGGAACAAGCCUUACAUACCACGUAAAUGUAGCAAGGCCUACAAGAGCAUAUAAGGUCCAUGGUCAGCUGGGUAAAGCAACAGACACAUAUUUCUGGAACGGCAAGACAAUUGAGAAAUCUAUGUACAAGCAUGUGACGAGAGAGAAAAUGGACAGAGUAGUGGCUCACAUACAAGCGGCGCAUCAGAAAACUAUGUAUGAAUUGGCAGGUGUAGAUAUGAAUUCCCAGACUAUGUAUGAGCUUGCCUCUCAGGGAUUAAUCAGACCUACCAACUCCAAAAUACCAGUCUUGUACGGCAUCAAGUGUGUGCAUUUUGAUUCACCCAACUUUACAUUAGAAAUCCAAGCAGUAAAUGAAUAUGACAAAUAUCUCUGGACUCUAGUUCAUGAUCUAGGUGUGCAACUAAAAACAUCAGCGUACUGCACUGGAGUGCAGUGCAUUCGGCAAGGCAAGUUCAACCUUGAGAUGUCCCUGCUGAGGAAACAUUGGCAACUAGAGCACAUUGUAGACAACAUGGAUAAGUGCCGACAACUUCUUGAAGAGAAUGAAAAAUUGCUGAGGCCAGAAUCUGCCGUAUUAAGUUUAUAAAUAGUUCUUACAAUAAUAGUGUAAAUACAGUUACAAAAUAAAGAUGUCAGUGUUUUAAUGAA